AUGGAACCCGCUAUGGUGCUAAUGUUCGCGUUGCUGUUGGUGGCUCGGUCGACCACAGGCCAAGAGCAGAACCUGAUCACCGACAAAUCGGCCAGCUGCGACGGUGGCUUCGUCUACUUCCGCAUUUGGUUCCAAGAACCAUUCACCGGCCUCAUCUACAGUGACGGGUACUACGGCGUGUCCCGCUGUACCUACGUAUCCGGCAACGCCAGCACCUUCUACAACUUCUCGGUGGCGUUGAACGACUGUGGCACCGAGCGGAUGCCGAAUGGCUCCAUGAAGCACGCGUUGGUCGUACAGCGAGACUCGCGUAUACUCGGAGGUUACGACAACCUCUUCGUGGUCAUUUGUUCGCCGGCAGUGGCGGCGCAAUUGGACGUUCAACCGGGUCAGCCGUUCACCAUCCGAUUCGGAGGGGUUACGGUAGAUGGUAAACUGAGGUCCAGCGAGGUGGUCGCAGAGACAGUCGCCAGCGUCGAGUACGCCGCCAGCGUACUUCUCGGCGACGGUCCGAACGGACCACCGGCCAACAGGCCAUUGAGCAUAGGCGAGCCGAUUACAUACGUGAUCAAAAUUCGCAGUUCUCAGUUCCAACACAUGCGGGUUGGCAAUUGUUGGGCGACGGACGACAUAAGUCAGUUGAACCUCAGCGACGAAGGUGGCUGCUCGUUGCGAAAGGGGGAGAACAUCUGGAACGAGUUUCGCGUAGCUACCUCACCGACCGACGGUGACACGGUCUUCUAUAACUCCAUCAAGGCUUGGAGCUUUCCGACCAGCAAUCGUGUGAACAUAUUUUGCAACAUGCACUUCUGUCAGAGGUCAUGUUUCCCGCCGUCCUGCGACGCAACCGUCGUCGCACGAGACGAGCCCUCGAAACGGGGUCUUAAGAAGAGGAGCGAUCGCGUGAUCUCCGAACUGAAGGCCACCUACUCGGUGGUUCCUCAACACAACUCUGUGGUCAUAACCGGCAACGUAAUGGAUUCAGACACUACGCAAGUCGGCUUCAUCACCGCCGCAGUUCCGCUGACCGCGGACGACGUCUUCGCAAACAAACGACCAUUCUGCUUAACGAAUUCGAACUUCGUUCUUCUUCUCUCCAUAACUUCAUCGAUCUUGCUAAUAUGCUGCAUUUUCGUCACUUAUACGUUGUUCAGAUAUUGGAGACGGGUUCGGUGGUUCGUGAAAUAA